CUUCUGUCUGUCAACCGGAAGGGUGGUAUCUAGGCAGGUUCAGCAAACACACGCGCACCACGUUUGUUCAUGUUUAAAGUCAAAUCAUGUUUGGCCRCUGUUUGUGGAAAGUCUUCUGAAUAAGCCUUGGACUUUCUGACUGUCAUUCUCCCACACACUCCUUGAACUUGUGACGGUGUUGGGCAAGGUUUUUGUCAGUUAGACUACCAAGUAAAAAGCUUACCUGUGGCGGCGCGCAUACUCUGCCUGGCCUGUUUCUGUUUGUGGAAGGAGGGAUCACUACAGUCAGCGUUCUUGAACUCUUCGAUACAAGGGAGCGAAAUCAUUUUGUGGAGAAGACCUAUCGUUAAAAGCAGAUCAUUUCCUAAUCAGGCCUGUUGCCAUCAUAAAUAAAAACGCCCCUUCACUCACCCCCUCUGAAGCCCCUUUCUCCUCCCUGCGUGGUGCCCUGCCCCAUGAUGAGUGUGCAGCCUCGGAGGAUCCGCCUGAAGCCCUGGCUGUUAGCCCAGGUGAACAGCGGGAGGUACCCCGGCUUGCAGUGGCUCAGCCCGGACCACCGGAUCUUCCAGAUCCCCUGGAGGCACGCCACAAGACACCUGCCCACCUCUGAGGAAGAGAACACCAUCUUCAAGGCCUGGGCUCUGGAGACAGGGAAGUACCAGCAGGGUCUGGAUGAGCCGGACCCUGCCAAGUGGAAGGCUAACCUGCGCUGUGCCCUCAACAAGAGCCGGGAGUUCAAACUGAAAUACGACGGCACCAAGGAGACACCCGCCCAGCCCUACAAGAACUACGAGGUCUGUGACCAGCCCUGCAAUGGAGACACAGUUGAUGAAGAUGAGGAGGAGAUGCCGAAUAUUGUUGAUCUCUCCAUUGACCCCAGAAUUAGUGACCCACGCAUUUAUCAGGCAUUCCCUACCUCACAUAGGAUAGACCUUCCCUUUAGCUCCCCCCUCAAUGACAGAUAUGGCACAUCCCACCACGCCCCUAUGUACCCCAGUCCCAACAUGUACGCCAAUCCCAACGGGGGCAAUACCAUGGCAACGGAUCUCCCUCAGCCAACCAUGGCUCCCCCAGAGUUUUCUGCCCACGUUCCAUUGGUGGUGAAGUUGGAACAUGGGGUCUUUGUGCACCAUGGACCCGCAGAACACUCCAACGGCCUGGGGAUGGGUGGAGGGAGCAUGCAGCCUCCUAUGGUCACUGAGAUGGCCACCAUGGUUCCUUCUGCUGCAUCUGUGGCUCUGGUUGCCCCUAACCCAGAUGCCGCCCCAAUGGAGGCCAUGUCGGGAGUCCAGAACCAGGAAGAAGGGCAGGCGGUGCCACCCUACAAAUAUGACCUGCUGAACAGCUUGCCAUUGACUGACCUAGACAUGAAGUUCCAGUACCGGGGUCGCAAGAUGGGCUCCCUGACGGUGAGUAACCCCCAGGGCUGCCGGCUGUACUACGGCCACUUGGAGCCCACCCCGGAGCAGGUGGACCUGUUCGGCCCUGUCAACCUCAACCAAGUUCUCUUCCCUGGCUCGGCCGACAUCCAGAAUGAGAAGCAGCGGUUCUACACAGAGCACCUGCUGGAUGUGAUGGAUCGAGGCCUGAUCCUGGAGAUCUGGGAGCAGGAUAUAUACGCUAUCAGGUUGUGUCAGUGCAAGGUGUAUUGGUCUGGGCCGGGCGUUGACGAGCAGGGGCCUCCCAACCCUAUGGAGAGGGAGAGGAAGUACAAAGUGUUCAGCCUCAAUAACUUCCUGCACGGGCUCAUCCUGUUCCAGAAGGGUGAAACUCCCACCCCACCCCCGUUUGAGCUCUGCUUCUGCUUCGGGGAGGACUGGCCAGACCAACGGAAACCCAAGGAGAAGAAGCUCAUCGUUGUGCAGGUGGUCCCGGUGGUGGCGCGGAUCCUAACAGAGAUGUUUUCUGGAGAGCUGUCCUGGUCAACAGACAGCAUCCGGCUGCAGAUCUCCAACCCAGACCUGAAGGACCAGACGGUGGAGCAGUUCAAGGAGCUCCAGAGGCUUCUCCAGAGUCAGCACGGCCUGGGAUCCUAACAGGGCUUGUCCUGGAUCAAGGCCUCGACUGCUCAUGGACUAUUAAUAGCACACUGCACUUGGAUUAAUAACCUUAUUCAACGUUUUGUGUGUGGGGAUAUUAGCCUUCUUUCAACCCUGAGCCUAUGGUAGAUGCCUAGAGCCCUGUAUGUAAUUAAUCUUAACUGGAUCUUAGGCAGAACUACUUGUACAUCAUCAAAACCCAGACUGCUGUAUCCUCUUUUUUUGGUCCCUUAUAUUAUUUUUUUGAAUUUCAAUAAAUACCAUUGCAGUAUUUUUUUUCUAAUGGUGGCAGGUAUUACUCAAUUGUCACUUUAAUUUCUAUCCAUUUUCUUUUGCAGACACCUGCUACUGUACUAGAACCCUGUAACUGAAUGGACACGGGUGCCAAAAAUGGGACUUAAGCCAUACAUGCAAUGUAAAAAGUAUUGGAAUGUUUUUUAAAUAAAUGAAUAAACUACUACAUUAAUCAGCAAAGUGGUAAUUUAUUCCAUGACAGGACAAUUUUGUACUUUUUGCUGUGAAGGUGCUUUGGUGAAUGGGUGAAAGCACCCACCGGUAUUGUUACUUCACCCUCAGAUUCUAGGGAGGGGGGGGAGGUGUUCCAGAACAGUGAAACACCUACCUCCAUGUUCACUUUACAGCUGGAAGGGAACCUGUUUGACUUGAACACAGACCGGGUUGUAUUGUGGACUUGGCAAUGAGGGUGAACCUGUGAGCAAAUUACCCUUGGAAGGGUGGUGAGUGACAUCAGCUAUAUGGAGUUCAACAUGCAGCCMCUGAAUGUUAUUGAUCGAAAAGUAGGGGCUUGUUAGCAUGUGUGGAAAUGUCUCUGRAUAUUUAUCUAAGUAGAACAACACCUAUAGCAUACUACCAAAGUGUGUARUGUGUCUGACGGACAGCAGUGGCUCUGCAACAAAGAACACCUUGGCUAACUGGUUUCUGCCAGAGAAUGAGUGRGGUUGUGGGUCUGGGAUGAACAAAUGUCUAAACUCUAAAACAUGAUACACAGACAAGGGCACGUUUGUUCCUCACUGYCGUUUUUAUUGUUGUUCACAACAUGACGGUGUCUGCCUCCCCAAGAAUGGACGAUGCCAGAGGUGGAACACAAAAAAAAAAAAAAAA